ACAACCCCCAUUUAAACAAAGAGAGAGAGAGAGAGAGAGAGAGAGAGAGAGAGAGAGAGAGAGAGAUGGCAGCUGCAAUGGGGGAUUCCAUUAAUGUUUCUGAGGCAUAUCCAAUGAAAGGUGGAGAUGGCCCCGACAGCUAUGCCAAGAACUCUAUCGAACAGAAAGUAGUUGUUGAUGCUACCAAAGAACUUCUAAGCAAGGCUAUUAAAGAAAAGCUUGAACUGGACAUGUUUUUACCAUUCAACACCUUCCAUAUUGCAGAUUUGGGUUGUUCGGUUGGGCCUAAUACAUUUUUUUCUGUUGAAAAUAUACUUGAAGCUGUGAAAUUUGAGUAUCAAAGCGGAGGGCCGAGUUCUGAAGUCCCCAAAUUUCAAGUUUUCUUCAGUGAUAAAACCCUAAAUGAUUUUAACAUACUCUUCAAUUACCUCCCUCAGAACAGGAACUAUUAUGCAGCGGGUGUGCCAGGUUCUUUCCACGGUCGCUUGUUUCCCAAGGCUUCCAUUAACUUUUUUCACUCUUCAUUAGCCCUUCAUUGGCUUUCUAGGGUACCAAAAGAUGUAAUGGACAAAAACAGUCGUGCUUGGAAUAAAGGACGAAUCCACUACUCAAAUAACCAAGACGAAGUAUUGAAGGCAUAUCAAUCUCAAUAUGCUGAGGACAUGGAUUGUUUCCUCCGUGCCAGAGCACUUGAGACUGUGCAUCGAGGAUUGAUUGUGCUUAACCUACUAGGACGCCCUCUUAACUGUAUUGAAAUUGUGGGUUUUGACAUUUUUGGAUCUUGCCUCGUGGAGAUGGCUACGAAGGGGGUAAUUAGUGAAGAAAAAGUAGAUUCAUUUAACAUCCCUUCCUACUUCGUGUCUCCCCAAGAACUGGAAGUCAUUGUGGAACGAAAUGGAUGCUUUAGCAUAGAGAUAUUGGAAACCUUACCUCAGCAUGUCUUGAGUGGCUCUCCCAGUGCUCCUGCUAUGAGAGCUUUCACUGAGGGACUGAUCAAGCAACAAUUUGGAGAAGAAAUCUUAGAUGAUCUCUUCAGCUUGUAUCACCAGAAACUUGAAGAGCAAAUGUCGAUAGCUGAGUCAAAGAAGGCAGUUGUCCUUUUUGUUGUGCUUAAACGCAAGACUAAUUGAUUUGAACAUUCAUUGUUUAUUUGUUUGUAUUCCUGAAACUCUCUGUUUGUUGGUUAUUUAGUAUUGAAGAGUAGAUUUUAAGUGAGCUUCACUCUGUAUAACAAUGGAAAGAUAUUAGCUACCUAUACUCGACAGUGCAUCUGCAAGUGUCAUAAUGUCCCAUA